AUGACAGCACACAGAGGAUUCCUGCUGCUCCUUGUUGGAUUCAUGUCUCUCAUCAUGUUGUCCUUUCACCUAUGGGACAUUUCACAAGAAAAGAGAGCAGAGAGGAUUGUUCAGCUGCAGGAGCUGAGGAAGCAGCUGCUAAGAGAAAGCUGUGAUGCUGACAAAAAGACAUCUACUGAAGGGAAGCGCAGCUUAGAAGACAUAAGCAAACAAGAGUUGGCGAACCUUGUUGUGGAUGAUAAACACUGCAUCAUUUACUGUUACAUUCCUAAGGUGGCGUGUACCAACUGGAAGAGGGUUAUGUUUGCUCUGAAUCAGGGUGAGCCCUAUCCUGACCCCAAGUCCAUAUCUGGUGCCCUGGUCCACAUGCCCAACAAGCUCACUCUCCUAAACAGCUUCCCAAGACACGAGAUAAAGGCAAAAUUGAAGCACUACAUCAAGUUCCUGUUUGUCCGCGACCCAUUCGUCCGUCUCAUCUCCGCCUACCGAGACAAGUUAAAAAAACACAACGAGUACUACUAUCAACACUUUGCCCGGAACAUUCUGCGCCGCUAUGGCAACCAGCGGCAUCCACCACAGACAGCGGACAAGGCGUUCGCAUCUGGUGUGCUCCCCUCAUUUUACAACUUUAUUCAGUACCUACUGGACCCGUGGACAGAAAAGAAUCAGCCCUUUGAGCCCCACUGGAGACAGAUGCACCGUCUGUGUCACCCCUGCCUCAUACAGUAUGAUUUUGUUGGCCAUCAGGAGACUCUACAGCAGGAUGCAGAACAGCUGCUGAUGAUCUUAAACCUUGAGGACAGCAUUAAGUUCCCUCCUUCCAAUGGAAACAUGACUUCCUCUGCUUCUGUGUUGGAUUGGUUCAGCACAGUGCCCCUAGAGGCCAGGAGGAAGCUGUAUGAGCUCUACAAGGAGGACUUCAGGCUAUUUGGCUACAGCAAGCCUAGUGAAUUACUUGAUGGUUGAGAUAAAGUCAUUUAACCUGAGAAAAGAUUUCAUGCAGAAAAGUUAUGGCAUGACAAUACCCACUUAACCAACUGGUAUUCUCAGAUACAGGAUUUAAAAAAAAUAACAUGAAUAUAUAAAAGGGUUUUAAUCAAAGGCUGUACAUCUCGAAC